AUGCUGGUUUCUGAUUAUAACUUUACAAAUCAAAGCACGGUGACUGAGUUCAUCCUUGUUGGAUUCAUGGACAACCCAAAACUUCAGAUCCCUCUCUUCAUCUUCUUUCUGCUCAUCUAUCUCAUCACUCUGGUGGGAAACAUUGGGAUAAUCAUUGUAACAAAAAUUGAUGCUAGGCUUCACACACCCAUGUACUUUUUUCUUAGAAAUCUCUCCAUUGUAGACAUUGGUUAUUCUACUGCUAUUGCCCCCAAAUUGUUGACAACAUUUAUGAUAGAACAUUCAACCAUUUCCAUCACAGGAUGCACCAUACAAUUCUUCUUUGUCGACAUCUUUGUAACUACUGAAAGUUGCCUUCUGGCUGUGAUGGCAUUUGAUCGCUUCACAGCAAUAUGCAACCCAUUGCAGUAUUUUGUUACUAUGUCAAUGAAUGUUUGCAUCCUUUUGGUUAUAGCUUCAUAUACCUGUGGGUUUGUAAGUUCAACAGUGGAAACCAUACUUAUUUUUAAUUUGAAUUUCUGCAGCUCAAAUACAAUUAAUCAUUUUUUUUGUGAUGCUCCUCCAAUGUUUAAAUUGUCCUGUUCAGAUACUCAGCUUGCUCAUUUUGUGCAUUUCAUUUUAUCCACUGUAAUUGCACUGACAACUUUUCUGACAGUUUUGAUUUCCUACAUUGCCAUUGUUAUUGCCGUCCUGAAGAUCAGCUCUGCCCAGGCAAGAUACAAAGCCUUCUCCACCUGUGCCUCCCAUCUCACCACUGUGACCAUUUUCUUUGGAACCAUAAUCUUCAUGUAUAUACGACCUGGCUCCAAUUUCUCAUUGGAUAAAGACAAAAUCAUAUCUGUCUUUUAUACUCUUGUCAUCUCCUCACUUAAUCCACUUAUCUAUAGUCUACGGAACAAGGAGGUGAAAAAUGCAGUUAGGAGAAUGUUAGACAAGAUAAUAUUACUGAAGUAA